UCGCAAUUUUCCUCCUGAAAACGUCCAAGCUGUACUGGACGCUUGCCACCGGAACCGGAAGUGACGCAGCUCACAAGAUCCAUGGACGCACUCUCAAGAUGGCGACCAGAAACGAAACGCGGUUGGAAACGAUCAAGCGGAAUCUCUAUGACAUCGUCGACGUUACAGCUGAAGAACCGUAUUACCUUGCCCGUGGUGUAAUCUCCUUCGGCAAGCCAGCGGGCGGCGGUGGAGGAAGCCUGGCCCCGCUAGGAUGGGGAGGGGACUGGACUAUCAUGCUGUACAUCGGCAUCGGGCUCAUCUCAACCAUUACCGUCCUUGCGUUCAUUGUUUGCUGCCUGCUAUACAGACGGAAGAAACUGCUGAAGAAAUGGAAGAGGGCUGAAACCGAUGCAGCUGAAGCUGCGGUGAUGGUGAACAUUUCGGAACGAAAUGCGCAGCCGAAGCAAUCUCCAUGACUCAGUGGGCCUCCUCUUUAAAUACUGCCUAUGAAUU